GACAGCAGGUGCUCUGGAAGAUUUGGAAAACAAAUAAAACUGGAAAUGCUGGGAUCUGAAAGAUAAACAGAAUACUGGAAGAACUCAGCCAGUCAAGCUGCAUCUGUGGAAGAGAAACCAUUUAAUAUUUCAGGCUGAGAAUCCUUCAGCAGCAUUGUUGUAGAGAUCUUGCACUUCUGACUUCUCUAACAAAUCCCAAGUGCAGAACGAGAGGGAGAGGUGGUGACAAUGAGUGACGCCAAGUCCCCCUUAUCCAUGCUUCAUCACCAGUCCUCUGUUUGCCGUCUCGCUGAGGACUUCUUCUGGAUUGGGGGCAGCAUCGUGACGCCAGCCUCGUGGAGACUGGGACACUUUGUGGAACGAUGUAUGAGCCUGAUGCAGGCCGGCACUCAGAUGGUGAAGCUCAGAGGAAGCUCGAAAGGCCUGGUUCGUUUCUACUACCUGGACGAACAUAAAACCUGCAUCAGGUGGCGACCGUCCAGGAAAAACGAGAAAGCCAAAAUUUCAAUAGAUGCCAUUCGAGAAGUGUGUGAAGGGAAACAAUCAGAGAUCUUCCAGCGGUAUCCUGACGGGACCUUUGACCCCAACUGUUGCUUCAGUAUUUACCACGGGGACCACAUGGAGUCCCUUGAUCUGAUUUCAUCAAAUGGCGAGGAAGCGCGAACAUGGAUUACAGGCCUCAAGUACUUAAUGGCAGGGAUCAGCGACGAGGACAGCCUGUCAAAGCGGCAGAGGACACGCGACCAGUGGCUAAAGCAGACAUUUGCAGAGGCGGAUAAAAACGGGGACGGCUGCCUAAGUGUUGGUGAGGUCCUGCAGCUAAUGCACAAACUCAAUGUCAAUCUGCCACGCCAGAAGGUCAAACAGAUGUUCAAGGAAGCAGACACAGAUGACAACCAAGGCACAUUGGACUUUGAAGAGUUCUGUGCCUUUUAUAAGAUGAUGUCCACACGACGGGAUCUCUAUCUCCUGAUGCUCAUGUACAGUAACCACAAGGACCAGAUGGACACCGAUGACCUGAAGAAGUUUCUGGAGGUGGAGCAGAAGAUGAACUCUGUGACGAAGGAACAUUGUCUGGAGAUCAUUGACAAAUUUGAGCCAUGUCUCGAGAACCAGAAGCGAGGUGUCCUUGGGAUUGAUGGUUUCACAAACUAUAUGCGGAGCCCAGCCGGAGACAUCUUUAACCCUGAACAUUACAAAGUGACUCAGGACAUGACGCAGCCUCUGUGUAACUACUACAUUGCCUCUUCCCACAACACCUACUUAAUGGGGGACCAGCUGAUGUCACAGUCACGAGUCGACAUGUACGCCUGGGUGCUGCAAACUGGUUGUCGCUGUGUUGAAGUUGACUGCUGGGAUGGUCCAGAUGGAGAGCCCAUCGUUCACCACGGCUACACCCUCACUUCCAAGAUCCUCUUCCGAGAUGUGAUUGAAACCAUCAACAAAUAUGCUUUUGUUAAGUCUGAAUAUCCAAUCAUCCUCUCCAUAGAAAAUCACUGCAGCGUGCCCCAGCAGAAGAAGAUGGCUCAGUACCUAUUGGAGAUCUUGGGGGACAAACUUGACGUUUCUUCUGUGCAUGUGGAUAACGUGACCCAGCUGCCUUCCCCUGAGAGCUUGAAGGGAAAGAUUCUUGUAAAGGGCAAGAAGCUAUCUGCAAACAUCAGUGAUGACGCCGAGGAGGGAGAAGUAUCGGACGAAGAUAGCGCAGAUGAGAUUGAAGACGAUUGCAAGUUAAUGAAUGGAGAUGCCACAGCCAACCGGAAGCACGUGGAGACUGUGGCUAAAAAGAAGCUCGACUCGUUGUUGAAGGAGUCGAAAAUCCGUGAUCGGGAAGAUCCUGACAGCUUCAGUGUAAACGCCAUCCCUCAAGCGGCCAAAGUGUGUCAGAAAUUGGACUCAAAGAAGCAUAAACGAAGCUCCAGCUCCGUGUCGACAGUGGAGAAGUCAAUGAGUAAAACUGAUGAUGGGACAGACUCUGGAGAAGAUCCAGUCACCAACAAGAGGCAUAGUCGCUCCUUCAUUGGCAAUUUCUCCAAGCGCAAGAAAAAAGCUGUGAAGAUAAAGAAGUCCUCGAGCCUGGAGGAUGAUGAAGAAGAGCACGAGCAUCAGACCACUGCUGGCCGAAGUGCGGUGCAUUCAGCAAGGAGCAGCAGGCAGAAGAAGACCAUGAAACUCUCCCGGGCCCUCUCGGACCUGGUUAAGUACACAAAGUCUGUCGGCAUAUACGAUAUCGACUCUGAAGUCGUGUGCAGUUGGCAGGUCUCUUCGUUCAGCGAGGCAAAAACCCACCAGCUCCUGCAACAGAAGCCCCAGCAGUUCCUCCGGGUGAACCAGCGGCAGCUGUCACGCAUCUACCCGUCCUCAUACAGAGUGGACUCCAGUAACUUCAACCCUCAGCCCUUCUGGAAUGCAGGCUGCCAGCUAGUUGCAUUGAAUUACCAGUCUGAAGGAAGAGUACUGCAGCUUAACAGAGCCAAGUUUAACUCCAAUGGGAACUGUGGCUACGUCCUCAAACCCAAGUGUAUGACUGAAGGUACCUUGAACUCAACAGCAGACGACUUGCUGUCCGAACAGACAAAGAAACAACUGGUCUUGAGGAUUAUCAGUGGCCAACAGCUUCCGAAACCCAAAGAUUCAAUGCUGGGCGACAGGGGAGAGAUAAUCGACCCAUUUGUGGAGGUGGAGAUAAUCGGCUUGCCCGUUGACUGCUUCAAGGAGCAGACCAGAGUAGUGGAUGACAACGGAUUUAACCCAAUGUGGGAGGAGACUCUGGUGUUCACACUACACAUGCCCGAACUUGCACUGGUACGCUUCCUGGUCUGGGACCAUGAUCCUAUUGGUCGCGAUUUUAUUGGUCAAAGAACUUUGGCCUUCACCAGCAUGAUGCCUGGUUAUCGGCACGUGUACCUGGAGGGGAUGGAGGAAGCCUCCAUCUUUGUUCAUGUCGCCAUCAAUGACAUCAGUGGUAAGAUCAAGCAAGUCAUGGGAUUAAAGGGGCUCUUCCACAGAAACCCAAAGCAGGCUUCGCUCGACAGUCAUGCUGCUGUAAUGCUGACUCGCAAACACUCUUUUAGCAGCCACAUCCUGCGCAGGACCGCCAGCGCUCCCACCAAAGGGCAGCAGAAAGGCAAAAAGGGCUUCCCGCACAUUGUUCUAGAUACCAAAGACUGCAGCUCAGAGGGAGCAAGUGAGUCUGAUGACACCUCCCAGCCUCGCUUCGAGCAAGAGGCUGAACAUGCCGAGGCUGCUCCAGAAGGUGCUGAACGGGCUGGCAGCGAAAGGGAGGUGCAGACGGAGGCCUUCAAAGGUGUCCAGCCAUUCUCAUAUCCACUUCCAAGUGUCCCCAUGCACACUCUCGAAACCAUCACUGAAGAAUCUAUGCAUUCCGAGGGUAAACCUUUCUCUGCCUCCCAGCGGAUUCCCUCAGCCACUGUGAGCAGCUCAAGAGAAGAAACCAGCACACCAACAGCACAUCCAGUUCCAGAAACAAGUCAGUCAUCACCAGAAUCCGAGGCAGUCUCUGCCACUGAUGGCGGAGCAAUAAAGGCCCCAGGUACUUGCCUUGCUGAGGAACAGUUGGGAAAUAGAACUCUUGUCCUAAGCCCGGAUGUCCUCGCGGGAGGCACCAAGCAGUGGGAGGCCCCUCGUACUCAUGCUUGCCUGUCAUCAAGUUCCUACCAUGAUUCUCAGGGGAGUGAUGAAUCUUCCCAUAUUUCUGCUGAUGACACCAUGUUGUGCAUUGUUGCCAGUCCCUCCUCAGGUACACUGAGCUCCUCCCCAAUUACAGGGGAUGCCUCGGUGGCACCAAGUAGCCAAGACGAGGGGAGGACCAGGCAGCCCGCUGGCCACCGGCCUCAACCUGAAGCUUCUCCCGCAGGAGCCCCAGCCGAGGCUCCGAGGCAGGAGGCACCUUGUGAAAGAUUUGGCAUCAGGGAGGCAGCUGAAUCCCCAACAAGUCCAGCUACUGACAUGAUAUGCGAUGCUCAUAACAGCCUGGGUAAAAGCAUCCCCAGCUGUCAGGCUAAGAGAAGUGUUCAGCCUGGCAUGGCGCGAAGUGUCAGUUGCGAUGGGUGUCUAAUUCAAGGUCAGCAGCCACUAUUGGUAUCUCCUGUGCAACCAUGCAUUUCCCCAGUCCCUGCUGUGUCAUCCGAUGUGACUAUGAACGACAGAAUCUGGUGCAAACUGGAAUCCAGCAGCCACAGGGAUAGCAUGUCCUCUUCGUCCAGCAUGUCCUCUAAUGACACAGUCAUUGAUGUGUCCUUGCCCAGUCUGGCUAGGAAGAGCCUGUCUGACCUCACCUCCAGGCAGAGUGUAACCCUGGAAGGGCUUUUGAUGGAUAAACAAAUGCGGCCCCGGUCAGCUACAGUUGGCCGUGAAAUGCUUGCUACAGUCAGCAAGAGCAAGUCGAAUCCUAAUCUGAGAUCCGAUGCUGACCAACAACCCACUGAUGACCUGCAACCCAUUGAUGACCUCCAACCCAAGCCCUUGUCGAAGUCAUCACCGGUUCCUUUCCAGGCAAACUCCAGGAGGCACACUUGGAAUAGGCUGUAUAUGGAGAGCCUGAAAGAGUCUUUGCCAGUUCUGAAGUCAAUAACGCAGAGCACGAAGGGAGCCGACAGUGUGAGCAAGUCGAAAAGCCUGGGUGACCUGACCUCUGAGGAUAUUGUGGCUAGCUUUGACAGCAAGUACAGGAGCAUCAGCCGCAACUUCAUCACCAGGCCCAUGCGGGAGCAGCGCCGGGCGGCUGGGAUGAGGACACCCUUGCAGGAUGACCUGACGGAGCAGCUGAGGAGGAUCACCAGCUUCGAACGGGAGAACGACAUUACCUCCCCCACGGCAGAGCAGCUGCCCGAGGCGGAGGAGGUCAGCCCCGUUGUCCUUCGCAGGUUUUCAUCACGGAGCCAGAGUCGGGUGCGGUACAUCGCCAACCGGGCAAAGCAGGCGCAGGAGCGAAAGAGGCUGUGCGAGUUGGCGCAAGCCAACAAGUCUCUGACCGAACUGGGAGAGAGGGGCAACCCUGAGGGGGCCUGCUGUAUCUCCAAGAGUAUUUGCAUGGACCUAGCCUCGCCACAACUAGCCCCAGGGAGCAAAGCCCCACCAACAAUUGUCACUGAAGCUGAAGUCUACUUCAUGCUGAAACUUUAACGCCCAUUUUAAAACAAGUUCUACGAUCCAGGCUGUAGAUUUCAAAUGAGUUGUUCCACUCCAAACACUGCAUAAAGACAACGGCCUUAGGGGCGGGUCCAAUUUCUAAAGAGCUGGAAAUUUGUGCUUUUAUUUUGUUGCACUUUUUGCGUACCAUACUUUGCACAAAACACGUGGUUUGCACAGGAAAUUGAAGCAUUUUCCACACAGAAGGAUGCGUCAAAAAGUGUACAUAGAUUUUGAGUGUGCGGAGAGAGCGGGAAAGAGAGAUCGAGAAUGAGCGAGCACAGGAAGGAGAGAUAGAGGGAGAGAAUCAAUUCAGCUCUCAAGAUCAAAUCAAUAACGAAGUCUUCCUCCCAUUGGUGGGGACGUGAGUCAUGUGAUGGUAUCCAAUGGUUCUCAGUCCCGAGUUGGUCAUGCACAAACGUCUUAAAUUCUAAGUUCACGUUAUGUUUGAACACCUUCCCUUUCCACCCUUAAUUAGAUCAGUGACGAACAUUUCCAAAUUAUAUUUUAAAAAUAUGUACAUGUAUGAGAAUAAAAUACUGCACGAUGCUAUUGAUUUUAUUUAAAAUAUAAUUCCUUUUGAUUGUUUUAAACAAAAUAUCACCAAAAACUUGAAAAUUCAAUAUAUUUCAUAAAUGUGCAGUUGUGUUUAUGAAGCAUACCUCACAACACAAUCUUUUAAAUGUUGCAUGUUUUUUUACAAUGCCGUGUAUUUAAUACACAAUUAAGAAUGGCUUCAGAAGCGUAGAUUUAAAAUUCCACUGUGCACAAAGGUGUGUUGCAGCUGUGUUGGUCACUAUGUUAACCCUUCCAUUUGCAGCUGUAACCGGGCAGAUGUUUUCAGGGACACUGGUUAAAGUUAGGCUGUGGUGCUUCCAGCGGAUAAAGGCUCCCUCUGAAUAUUCAGAGAUCACCCAAGAGCCUGAUCCAGGUAGCAGAGUCGACUGAUCGAAAAGUGAUAUGCUGAUCAAGGAAAAGAAAUGAGAGAGAAUCGUUGAUCUCUGUUCACUAGGUGGUGCUAAUAAUCACAGGCAUGUGGACACUCAGAAUGAGGGGAGGCCAUUCGACCCCUUGAGCACGUUCUGACUUUCAAUGACAUCUUGCUCAUCUAUGGUUCUGUGUCAAAAAAGCGUAUUGAUUCCUUGUUUGUGAAAUUUGCAAAAGACCCCCAGCCUCCUUAGACUUACCUGCACAAGUUCCCUUUAUCUGAAGAGGGGCUUCCUAAUAAAACCUCUGAACGAUUUUAAAGUUUUCCCAGUUUCCCGGAGCCCUAUCCCCUACCAGAGGAAAUAAUUCCUAUUUACUGUACUAUCUCCUAUUCAUGCAAUAUUACUAAGAGUGCUCUGGAAGUAAACUAUUUUCUGUGUGCAAAUUGCAAUAAAAGUGAUUUAACCUAUUGAAAUAAUCCAUCACUUCCAAGUGAAAUGACCCCUACAGUGAAUGUGGACCAUAUUUAUCAUAAUGCAUAUCCAUACAUUAUCACACCUAAUUUUUUUUCCCUGACACUAUUAAAGAGUAAGUACUUUCAGUGAUUUCUGAGUGGAAAAAAUGUUGGUUGAACUCUUUUUCUGGAGAUCCAGUUAUGGUAGUGUCCAGCCUUGGCCUGGUGACCAUGGGACAGGAGUGGACGAUGAGGCUACCAUUUGAUCAUGAGUAGCUCAUGCAGAUGAGGAAAUCCACUGGGAGCUGGACUUGGUACACGAGUGGCCUGGAGUUCCAAGGCCACGUCUCACCCCCUUCAACCGUGCCCUCGUACCUGGACUCGCAGUAUUAACCCUCAUCUUUCAGGUCAUCUGAGCAGCAGAAAUCCACCUCCUCUCUCAAUAGCGAUCACAGAAAGACUCCAGGCUUUCAACAGUGCAAGUGCCAAUCCCCACCCACCACACAGACCUUUUCCUCAACAGAAAGGACUUCUACUCCCUAAAUGCAAAAGCAGUAGUGAAUAUGUAGAGGACUUUCCUAAUGAUUAAUGUUUUUGGGAAGCCCAUGUGACUCGUACAUCAUCAGGGUGACCACACAGCCAGAUGAUUUCCACAGAGCGAUGGCUUCUGGGAGACAGCACAGCCCUAUCUUUCCACCAAUUCACAGUCCCAUCUCGCCUGCUGAGCACCACUAUAGUAAGAGCCCAAGUUGGCAGUCCGUAGGCAGCAGCCGAUGUGUGCAGAUCCUAAUCCUGUCAGGCACGAGGCAUAGACUAGGGAUCAGUUGGAGCAAAAGGGUCAACAGGUGGAGGAGGGCUGCCUCGGCCAAGUCCCAGCAGAACACCAGCAACUUCAUCUCCAAGCAGAGUAGAAAAGGAGGUACUAACUGCAUGGACUCCCUAACAGAUGCUCGUCAAAAAGAGCCUACAAAAUUCUAGUCCCCAGUACAAAGCACCAUGUUCCACACUCCAAUCCCUGACACUAAUAUAAUUCACCUGUAAAGCAUCUGAGGGAGCCCUGAUAGCACACGGCAUUCCUAACGAUCCUCCUUUUCCGUUCCACUGGUCAAUAACAAAUGCUUCCCAAAAUGGCUUGUGUGGCUGUGCGGAUUGCUUUCAGAGAUGCCAGGACAGGCUGCCAAAUCAUACAAGGUGGAUUCUCAUAACUGGAGUCGUCCUCUACCCCACUGGCAGUCCUACUGGGUCCCCUGGUCUCCUUGGCAUUUAUCACACUGAAGGAAUGUCCCAGUCUCUUUCAGUAUCUGAAGCCCCCAUUUUCUCAAUGACAGUAGCUGUUCUGCAGAGAGUGCAUGUAGGGCCCUUUGCCUGUAAUACUGCAUUUCUGCAUUCAACUGAGUGCGGUCUUAUCUGCAGCUGCAGGGUCUUCUUUAAUACGUUCCAGACAUGUUGACACCACGUCAAAUGUGGUUUUUGGACUAUUACACAAUUCUUUGCAAGAGAAACCAAAUGGGUGCUUGACCAAGUUCAUUGCUGGAGCACCUAUCAAACUCUAGGCAAUUAUCUGUAUUAAGCACUCUGCUGACCGUGGGAGCUUGCUGUGCCAAACGAGAUGGUGUUUCUCUCUACGUGAGUAACUUCAAAAAGCUUCAAUGACUGCAACACGCUUUGAAAAUUCUAACAAGGCUGUGAAGGGUGCAACAAAAAUGCAACUCUUUUUCAUUUAAAAAAAAGUAGAUCAGAUGUCACCAUAAUAUUACAGAAAGAAAGGGUCUGUGACGGCAGGGAGAAUGAGAACUUAACUCGUGUUUCAGAUACUUCUGUCUUCCCCCAGAAGAAUUCCAAGGAAAUGAAUUGGGGGCUUCUCCGUGAUACUGCCUGUCCACUGCUUUGCCCUGAGCUUUCAGCUGGUGGUUCGCCAGGAAAAAGAGCAGAUUCUAUCAUGUCAGGUUUACGUCACUGAGCUGUACUGUGAAAAAAAUACUGCCCAUUACUGCAGUGGAUGGAGACAGACUCGGCAGGGGAGAAACCUGCACCUCUGAUCCAAUCUGAGGACCCAGCACACCCUAAGAAGAUGCAGCAAUAAGGCAGUUGUUGUUUCAGCCAGUCCCCAUCAACUGGUCUAUAUAUGAGUUAGUCAGAGUGGCUUUGUCACUGGCAUCAGUCUUUCAAUCUCCAUCGUCUGGGUGUGGCCAAUAUCCGCAUAGUACAUUUACAUCAGUGUAUUCAUUUCCGCCCACUUAUCUCAGGAGCAAAGGUACCAACAGUCUCCGUCCAUAGGACACUUCACAGGAGGGUUAUCAGAGCAAAGUCACACUGAGUCAUGUGCAGAGCUUAGUCAAAGAGGUAAGUUUGAAACAGCAUCUUAGAAGUGGAAAGUUGAGAGAGAAAAUUUUGGAGCCUGGGAAGUUGUAAGCCGGCUUUUUCCACUGAGGCAAGGGGAGAAAAAAAAACAGAGGACAUGGGUUAAGGGUGAAGGGGGAAAAGUUUAAAGGGAACAUUAGGGGGGGCUUCUUCACACAGAGAGUGGUGGGAGUGUGGAACGAGCUGCCAGACGAGGUGGUAAAUGUGGGUUCUUCUUUUAACAUUUAAGUAUAAAUUGGACAGAUACAUGGAUGGGAGGUGUAUGGAGGGAUAUGGUCCGUGUGCAGGUCAGUGGGACUAGGCAGAAAAUGGUUCGGCACAGCCAAGAAGGGCCAAAAGGCCUGAUUCUGUGCUGUAGUUUUUUUAAGCAUAGCUGCUAGACGAUGUUCCCUCAAAGGACUGUGGAGGUCUCAGAGGACUAUGGAAGUUUAGGUGGCAAAGGAUGGCUUGAUGAGAUGAAGAUCAGAUGGGUGUAACAUUGCAAAAGCACACAUACUGCCUGAAAGCCAGUCUGUGCUGGUUUUCAUGCUCUCCACAGGGUCUAUCCCACCAGCUCCCUAUCAACAGUUCCUUCAUUCUUUUCUCUAUCACCCAGCCUUGAAUGUUUCAGUGCAAUCUCCCUCAGUUCAGUCCAGCUGGAUUUCAUGUAUUAAUCAUUUGCUUUCACAAGUUAUAUUCUAUAAAUCUCCUCUUGGAUUUAUUGCAAAGCUUAUUUUCAAGUUCCAUGACUUUGCAACCAGCUGGAAACAAGCUCCUUUUAAAAAGUUCAGAGUAAAUUUAUUAUCUAAAUAUGUAUAUGUCACCAUAUACUACCCUGAGGUUCAUUUUCUUGCAGGCAUUCACAGUAGGAGAACUAUAAUAGAAUCACUUUUUUUAAAAAAACUACACACAAACAGACUGAUAAAUAACCAAUGUGCAAAAGACAUACUGUGCAAAUACAAAAUAAAACAACUAAUAAACAAAUAAAUAAUACUGACAAAAUGAUUUGUAGACCCCUUGAAAGUGGGUCCAUAGGUUGCAUUCAGUGAUCACUUCAAUCCUAUUAUCUAUGCUGGUUCAGGAAAUUAUGUUUAAAGUGUAAUAGCUGUGCCUGAACCUGGCGGUUAUGGGAUCUAAUCUGUAUCUCCUUCCUGAUGGCAGCAGCAAGAAGAGAGCAUGGCUUGGAUGGUGGGGGUCCCUUGACGAUGGAUGCUGCUUUCUUGUAGAUGAGCUCAGUGAGGUGAGGGCUUUUCCUGUGAUGGAUUCGGUUGAAUCCACCAGCUCUGGUAGGUCUUUCCAUCCUUGGACUUCGGUGUUUCCAUACCAAUACGUGAGGCAACCAGUCACGACACUCUCCACUGUGCAUCUACAGAAGGUUUCUUCACCUUAUUAAGCUGUUUCAUAAUUUUAAAAAUCCUUUUUUUUUUCCUUGGGUCAUUCCCUUUUCCCUUACAGAGGAAAGAGCCGUAGGCUUCCCUAUACCUUCCGGUUUCAUUGUUGCUGAUUGGGUUGCUGUCCAUCAGGAAGAGGCCUGUUCAACAGUAAAUAUUUACACCAUCUCCACAUCCAGACAUCUCACAGAUACCCAAAGUAAUUGGAAGGAAACCAUCAUUGUACCUACCACAUUCCCCCCCUACCCCGGCUGAUAUGAAAGAUUCCAAAAUUAUGGAUUCAAUGACGGUUGACACACAAAUUGUAGACCCCACAAAUUGAUUAACACUUUAACUCAUUAACCAUUUCCAGAAAUGUCUGCCUCUUCAAUUGUUAGUGUUUUAGUUUGCUGCUGUAACUUGCAGUAACUCAACAGGUGCACUGGCCAUUUGCAUGAGAAAUCAUUUCAACCAGAGAUAUUGUUAAAUAUUGUUAAUAUGUAAGCUUUUCACAAAAAAAACGGCAAAAGGAACCAUUUUACAGCUGAAAUGUACACUGGAAAUAUUUUUAAUUUUACUUGUUUAUUUUUAAUGUCUUUUCAAGAGUAAUAAUUGAAUGUUUCAGCACAUGAAAUGUUUUGUUUGCUGAUAUCUUGGAUGUAAUAUUUCAAAUGAAAGUUUCUUCCAUGUACAUUAAUGAGGGUUGUGAAUGUCAUAUGUCCAUAUUGCAAAAAAAAUUACAGAACAGAAAUAUGUAACUUCCUACUACUUUGAUAAUUCUGCAACAGCUAAGAUUUUGAACAUAAUUUGUAACUGAAAUAUUAUAUCAAUCAAAUAAAAUGCAAUGGAGUUUGCUGUACUUGUCUUUAUUUCAGGUGUUUUCUGUUUGGUUCUAGUCAACUCAUUAGAGAAAGAGAGAAAGAUUGUGGAAGCUUUAUAGAUGCAGAGGAGAUUUACCAGGAUGCUACCUGGAUUGGAGAACAUGUAUUAUGAGGAAAGGUUGAGCGAGCUAAGACUUUUAACUUUGUAGUGAAGGAGAGUGAGAGGUGGCUUGAUUGAGGUGUAUAAGAUAUUAAGAGGCAUAGAUUGAGUGGAAAGAGCAAGACUUUUUUUGUCAGGUGGAAAUGGCUGAUAUAAGGGGGCAUAAUUUUAGGGUGAUUGGAGGAAAGUGAAGGAGGAGAUGGCAGCAGUAGGUUUUUAUACACAGAGUGUGACUGUCUGAAGCGUGGGUGGUGGGAGAGACAGGUACUUUAGGGAGUUCUAAGAAUCUCUUAGAUUGGCACAUGGAUGGAAGAAAAAUUGAAGGCAAUGUGGGAGGGAAAGGUUAGAUUGAUCUUCCAGUAGAUUAACAACACUGUGGACCGAAGGGCCUGUACU